AUGCCGCCCAAAAAAGCACGCUCCAGCUCUCCUGCGACCGAACGCCGCGAGCGUCUGACCUUGGCCAAAUUGGCCAGUUAUGACGACGUCGCAACCGAUGCGCUGGUCGAUCACGCCUACUUCUGGACCACCACACGCAAGAAUCGCAACAAGUACGGCCCUGCCCGCGGCAUCCACGAUGACGACGUGGGCCACAUCCUCCUCCACGAUGUUGUCGUCGCAAAGGACAUCCCUACGGCGGAGCGCAAACUGCUGGAAUUGCCAGGCCUCCGAAAAUACCAGGCAAAUCUGCCCAGCCCUCGAGAGAAAGAAUGGUUCCGUCGUCAUCUCCGGAAGUACAUCCAGAUGUACCACCCGGACUGCCCUUUUGAAGUGACGACCACAAAUCGCUACAUUAUCACACAACACGAGGCCGCUAUAUGCGCCCGCAAGUUUAUCAAGGCUGGCCAGGAGAUCAAAUAUCUCGCCGGUACCCUCGUCGCUAUGACUAAAGAAGAGGAGAUGGACUUGGGCCUCACCCGCAAGGAUUUCAGUGUGGUCAUGUCUAGCCGCCGUAAGACCCCCUCAUUUUUCUUAGGGCCCGCUCGCUUUGCCAACCAUGAUUGCGACGCCAAUGGUCGCCUGGUCACUCGCGGGACUGAGGGCAUGUCGGUUAUGGCUACUCGUGACAUCCACGAAGGAGAAGAAAUCACGGUCUCCUACGGCGAGGAUUACUUUGGCAUUGACAACUGUGAGUGUCUUUGCAUGACCUGUGAACACUCGGUUCGGAACGGUUGGUCACCCCAGGUGGAGUCGGAUGAGAACGACGAAGAAACUUCUCCCAUUUUACUAGACGAGGAUGGCCCUGGGGAUCACAAAUCGGGAAGCAAGAAGCGCCGACGUGAUUCUGACCCGGACACGGAGGAUCUCUCCUCGGUCUGCUCCACUCCAAACAAGCGAGCCAAGUUCCAUCGCCAGACCUCGAAAUUACGCGAAGAGAUCUGCAUGGCAGACCUUACCGCCCAGUCAACUACGACUCCCGAGUCCUACAAUCCUCUGACUCCAGAGUCCGACCUCGACACUUCUGUCCUCCCUAUUUCCGUUGCAGGUGACCGACAGGUCUCUAAACUGAGACAGGAGAUCAUUGUGACCGAAGGAGUCCAAUCUCCACCUGAGACAUUAGUGCCAUCUACUCAGGAAACCAAUCAAACCAAUCAAUCACAGAGCAAAACUGAUAUCGCGGUCAUUGACACGGAUGCAGUCACUCUCAUUGAUCCUACUACGAUCACCAAUCCCGCAGCCGAUGGCCCGGCUGACUGUCACUCACCAAGCUCUACUGAUGAAUCCCGUCAAUCAUCGAGCUCAAGUCUCCCAACCUCCGUGGAUGAGACUGGAAUUAAAGUGAAGACGGAAGAGUCUGCGGAAUCGAGCCGCCUCGACCCUUCCCAAGAAACUAUAAUAGGAGAGGGUCGUCCAGAUACCCCCAUCACAGACGAUGCGCAAACCCUGGGUGAGAAGAAGCGAAAGCCUCGGCGCAAGCGAAACUGGGCUAUCGUCGCCUCAGUUGAGACAGAAGUACCUGUCACUCGAUCCCCAGGCGAUUACACCAAGACCUCACGACUACUCGCCCAAAAGUACGAUCGAUGGGUCGACUGCCAAACCUGCGAGUCAUGGUUCGUACAGUCCAACUCGUACCAGACCCGUCGCGAGUGUCCACGAUGCGAGCGACACUCCAAAAUCUACGGCUUCCAAUGGCCGAAGACUGAGAAGGGCGCUGAUCGCGAAGAGCGAGUCAUGGAUCACCGCACCAUUCACCGAUUUCUGUCUCCGGAUUCCGAGGCGCGUGUCUCCCGUCGAGACCGGGGCAUCAGCUUCGGCGUCACUCCUACCCCAGAGCUCUCGGAUGCACGCACCGAGACGCCGACUAGUGAUGCCAAUGAGCCCCGUCGCAACACGCGUGCGAGUCGUCGGCGGACCCGGGACCUUCGAAUGACGAUGUAA